CACAGCCGGUCCUUUGUCAGGGGAGGGCCCUGCAGCUUCCAGACCCACCGCAAGCUCUGGACUCUGGACGGGAAGGGCUGCGUGACCCUGGAGCAGCUGACGUGUGGGAAGCGGGAGGGGAGUGCGGGGGAGUGACCAGGGGAGCCGCCUGGGUGUUGUGCGUCCCUCCAUCCCCUGUCCCUCAGUCCUGCCGCUCCUACCAUGGCGCUCCGGGGCCCGCGCCCAGCCGUCAUCCUGGAGGACCAGGAGGUCCCCCCGGCAGCCCAUAACGGGGAGCCCCAGGGUCUUGGCAGCCAGGAUGAGAGGGCCGAGUCCAGGGUACAGCGCCGGCACAGCGAUGUCAGGGUCUACAAGGAGUUCUGUGACUUUUACGCCAAAUUCAACAUGGCCAACGCCCUGGCCAACGCCAGCUGUGAGCGCUGCCGGGGCGGCUUUGCGCCCGCUGAGAAGAUUGUCAACAGCAAUGGCGAGCUCUACCAUGAGCAGUGCUUCGUGUGUGCCCAGUGCUUCCAGCAGUUCCCAGAGGGCCUCUUCUAUGAGUUUGAAGGAAGGAAGUACUGUGAACAUGACUUCCAGAUGCUCUUUGCUCCUUGCUGUCAUCAGUGUGGUGAAUUCAUCAUCGGCCGGGUGAUCAAAGCCAUGAACAACAGCUGGCACCCCGAGUGCUUCCGCUGCGACCUCUGCCAGGAGGUCCUGGCCGACAUCGGUUUCGUCAAGAACGCCGGGAGGCACCUGUGUCGCCCCUGUCAUAACCGGGAGAAAGCCCGGGGCCUCGGCAAAUACAUCUGCCAGAAGUGCCACGCCAUCAUCGACGAGCAGCCCCUGAUAUUCAAGAACGACCCCUACCAUCCAGACCACUUCAACUGCGCCAACUGUGGGAAGGAACUGACCGCUGACGCCCGGGAGCUCAAGGGGGAGCUGUAUUGCCUGCCAUGCCACGACAAGAUGGGGGUGCCCAUCUGUGGUGCCUGCCGCCGGCCCAUCGAAGGACGUGUGGUGAACGCCAUGGGCAAGCAGUGGCACGUGGAGCAUUUUGUUUGUGCUAAGUGUGAAAAGCCAUUCCUUGGACAUCGCCAUUAUGAGAGGAAGGGCCUGGCGUACUGUGAAACCCACUACAACCAGCUAUUUGGUGAUGUUUGUUUCCACUGCAACCGUGUUAUAGAAGGCGAUGUGGUCUCCGCCCUCAACAAGGCCUGGUGCGUGCACUGUUUUGCCUGCUCCACCUGCAGCGCCAAGCUGACACUCAAGGAUAAGUUUGUUGAGAUUGAUCUAAAGCCAGUCUGCAAACAUUGUUAUGAGAAAAUGCCAGAAGAAUUUAAGAGGAGACUUGCCAAGCGGGAGAGAGAAGCCAAGGAUAAGGACAAGCAGAAAAAGAAAAAGCCAGUCUGUCUGUGAGCUUUUCUGUCCCUCUGCCACCAUUUCUACUGCUUUCUCCUGUGGAAUAAAUUUGUGGAGUUUGACAUGAAGCCAGUCUGUAAGAAGUGCUAUGAGAAAUUUCCGUUGGAGCUGAAGAAAAGACUUAAGAAGUUAGCUGAGACCUUAGGAAGGAAAUAACUUCCUUUAUUUUUUCUCUUCUAUGCAAAGAUAAGAGAUCACAACAUUGCCUGACCUGAUGCACCCUGUCUUAAAGUUGUGUCUCAAAAUAGUUGAGAGUGAAGAGGACCUAUUGAAUGGUGUUCUUUAUCUCCUUUUUCUCAUUAAAGAGAAAAAAAGUUUCUGUCAUCAUAUUUAAAACAUGGAUGAGAUCAAGAUUUGCCUUUGUUAAUAACCCUUAUCAGUUUAUUGAAAUGUAGAUGAUACAUAAUAGAAAAAAAAAUGCUUAAAUAUUAAAUUUUAAUUAAGGUCCAAAAUAUUAAAUAUAACUUUUAAAAAUGAAAGGAGUCAGUUUUUACAUGACGUAGAUAAAAAAUAUAUAUAAACAUUAGUUCUUUGUAUUCUAAAGAAAAUUAAUUACAAUUGCAGUUGGGGAGGAUAUAAAAAAGAAAACCAUAUCUCACAGAAUCUUAGUGUGUUUAUCAAACUAGUGACUGUAAAAUGAAUAUACACAUUACUCAGAUAAGAAACAAGUGUAUUCAGAACUACUUGAUUUGGGGACUUUUAUUGUUAUGGUUAAAUGCAAUAAUUAUUAAGCUUAGUUUUAAUUUUUGUUCUCCUUUGUGAACUUCUUUAUACAGUUACUUAACAUAGUAGUUAUAGCUAGCUAAUAGUAUUCUUUUUAAAAUUUUGUGCAAAAAAAUUUAUACUAGGUAUUUGAAAAUACAGUAUACUUUACAAUAUUGGAAAAAUGAAGUAUUUUUUCAUGUAUUACAGCAAUUAUACUUUGAAGCUUAAGGUCACAGAUGCAGUCUUAGAAUAGGACAUGAAAUUAAAUGUUAAGUAGUUUGGAAUGUAUCACUUAAAAAACGUGAAUGUUUAUGUAUUGAUCAUAUUGCCUUUAUAACCAUGCUAAUAUCUAUGCUUUAUAUAUAAAUAAACUUGCCUUGCCUUAGAAAAAUACAUACAUUAAUCAGGAAUUCUAGCUGUUUCAUACCUUACAAACUAAAAACAAGUGCAUUGAAUGAGAUUUAUAAACUCAAAUUCAUUUACCACAGCUAUGUUAAAAUUUUUUUCUUCUUUUUGGGGAAACACAUUGAAAUUAAUUUGUGAUCUUAAUUAGAAGAUAAUUAUGUUGAUAUGUGUUUCAAGUUUUUCAUUGCAAAUCUUAUAUUUUGUUUACUGUAUGUAAGAGGUAUAAGUAACACUUUUAAAAUUGGAAGAGUGAUGUUUAAGUGUCAACUUUAGGGCAAAAGUAGUGAAUUAUUUUAUUUUGCAAAGUUUUAUCUUAAAGUUUCUGGAUGUCUUUCUCCAUAAACCUAUAUGCAAAGAGAAUUGUGAACAUUUUUUAAAUGUUGCUGCUACUAUGUUAUCAUGUAAAAGAAAGUUGCAAAGAUGGGCUUCUAAGGGGGAAAUUAUUGGUUUUUUCAAAAAAAUUGCUGAAAUGUUAUUUUGCCAUAAAAAAAAAAAACAAAUCUCAGGAUGCUACCAGUCUGCCAUUAAGAUAUUUGUAUGCAUGUAUUUUUAAAUACUUGUGCAUGCACUUUACAGUAAAUUGUAUUUCAGUUUUUAGUUCAUUUAUAACCAAUUAAUUUUUUUAGUGCUCUUUUAGAGUUCAAAGAAUGAUCAGUGAUAGAAAAUAAUAUAUACUUUAAGACUGUGCUCAGAAGUCUAAACAGUCUUUGCAUUUGACAGCAAGAAUCAAAUUCCCUUCAGCGUGCCUUUGUCAGCUAAUACAUGACCAGCAACAAAAAUCUUUAAAGUAUUUAUUAAAUACUGUACUGUGGAUACAGUGCAGGAUCUGCAGUCUAGGGUCUUGAUGCUGAAGUCCUGAAUGCUCCCACACAGGAAAUCCGGAGCAGAAAGCGCCCACUUAUCUGUUUCUAAUCACUGGGAAGAAGCAUGGGCUGAAUCACUACAAGGUUCAUGUCUCUCCUGUGCCCAGAGGUCCUGCUGCUCACCCCUCUCGUAAAAUAUGAGUUUGUAAUUCCUGCAAGCUUGCCCCUUGAAGCCUCCAAGGCCAUGGAGUGUUUUAUCCAGACACACAUGCCCUGCCCCCUGCAGGGGAUCAGUGAGCCCUCACUCUCACCAAGAGUAAGGAGUAAACGGUUGUCAGUGGAUGAGAGGAUGGAUUUGCUUAGUUUCACAUGGCUUCCUCCCAAAAGGGAGAAGCUCAGGCUAAUGAACAAAUCUUUGCUUAAAAUACUACAAGGCAUUUGAAAUAAUUCAUUGUUUACCACAUUUCUAAGUGCUCUUUUCUUUAUCAAGCCUAACAUAAUUGGGAAAAUGUCUGGGUACAAGUCAAACAUUCUUUACAUCUUAUUAACAUUGUAACUGAUGGUAGGUCAUUUUGCCUUAUUUGUUUGCCAAAACAGCAAUUUCUAAACUAAGGAAAUUUUGAAGUUGGCUCACAGCAUUGUUGUAUUUCAUUUUCGAUUGUAAGCUCAAUGGCAGGGACACUAUGUCAAUAAUUGUGUUUUUACAUAGCAACCAGUGCAGUAUACUCUUGGUGCUUAAUAAAUGUUCAUAAUUGUUAAGAAUAA